UGUUCCUAUUUCUUUUUCUUUGGGAAAUGAAAUAACGAAAAUACUGAAGUGCACUAUCCAUUACUAUAAUAUUCUUUCUAUUGAAAGAACGUUUGUUUUUCAUCUUUGUCAAACACAAAAUCACAGCGCACACAGAAGAAGAAGAAGAAGAGAUUCGAUUGUAACUCUUACUGUAACUAUGGCUAGUUCUGGUUGUCAAGGCCUAUUCUUUGUAGUUCUCUCCAUAAUUCUUGCUUUUACAGCAAUCACCACAAGCAUGCAUUCAAGAAUAUCAACCAACAACUCAAACUCAUCUCACCAAUUCACCAAACACGCCCUUACAAUGAAUGCUUCUAAAGCUCUUCGAAAUCAAGGUUUCAAUAUCUUAGCUACUCUCCUUCAAAUCUCCCCUGAAAUCUUCCUCUCCACUCCUCAAUCCACCAUUUUUGCCGUUCAAGAUUCCGCCAUUGCCAAGCUCUCUGUCCCUUCUUGGGCAAUGAAACAGCUCCUUCAGUACCACACUUCCCCUUACAAUCUCUCUUUUCAAGAACUGUUGAAAAAAUCCCAAGGAAGUUGCUUAACAACACUUUUAUCUAAAAAAUACAUUGCUAUCACAAAAACUGAUUAUAAACAGAACUCUGUUGAGAUUAACAAUGUGUUAGUUUCUCAUCCUGAUUUGUUUCUUGAAGAAAGUAUCUCAAUACAUGGAGUUACUGGAGCUUUUUCUGAGUUAGAUUUUCAUGGAAUGGACCAACACGGAGACGUUAUUCGAUCACCUAUUUGUGAAGAUCAGAUAUCAAGUGCAAGCACAAAUGAUUUCAAGAACUUGGUUGAUUGGCCAAGAAUCAUUAAGUUACUCAGCUCCAAAGGAUAUGUUUCCUUUGCAAUUGAGUUGCAUUCUGUUCUUGAUGGGAUUAUUCAAGAUUUUGCAAAUUUAAGCUAUGUAACAAUCUUUGCUCCACCAAAUUUGGGAUUUUUAUCAUCCCCUUCACCUUUGCUAGAAAGAAUUGUAAGGCUUCAUAUAUUGCCCCAAAGGUACACUUACACGGAAUUAGCUUUCUUGCCUGACAGUUCACCCCUAAAGACAUUGGUUCCAGGCCUAAAUGUUACUAUUUCUAAGAGCAAUGUUUCGCGUAUCUUGACCAUUGAUGGCGUGGAGAUUACAGCGCCAGAUAUUUUCUUGUACAAGACGUUCAUCAUCCAUGGAAUUUCUCGGGCUUUUGAGUUGAAGGAGCUAUCCAUUUCAUUCAGAUAAUAAGCUUUCUUACUUUGUGGAUUUAAAGCAUUAUUAAUUAGCAGCUUCUAUUAAAUGUAUCUUUUACUUGACCAUGUUUUGCUUUAUUCAUUUAAAAUUAGAUUCAAGAUAGGAGUAGUAGAUAUGCAAGUUAUAGAUGAGAAAUAGUACUCGGAUA